AUGGAUUCCAUGAUAAAACUCUUCGUCUCUCUAUUACUCUUCUUGUUCUCUUCUCUCCUCUUUGGAGACAUCAGUGCAAGUAAGCAUGUUCAUCAUCAUCAGAAGUUGCAAGGUCGUCCAACGAAGCUUUUUGUGUUUGGUGAUUCUUACGUCGAUACCGGAAACAUUAAGAUGCAUGACGCUCCUUCAUGGGAAGUCCCUUAUGGUAUCACAUUCCCCCGCAAACCCUCCGGCCGUUUCUCAGACGGCCGCGUCUCUACCGAUUAUCUAGCCAAAUUGUUGGGGUUAAAAUCUCCCAUUCCUUACCAAUGGAAAGAUUACGCGGGACAUGAACGGUUAGAGUACGGGAUGAAUUUUGGAGUUGGGGGAACCGGAGUCUUUGAAACUAUAAAUUCAAAUAUGACCAUGACUUAUCAAAUCAAUCUUUUCGAACAACUCAUCGGCGAUGUCUAUUCACCAUCCGACCUUUCUUCUUCCCUAGCUCUCGUUAGUGUUGCUGGCAACGACUACAUAACUUACAUCCUUGGAAAUGGCACAAAUAAACCUGGAUUUAUAACGUAUAUGAAGCAAGUCAUAGAUCAAACCGAGGUGAAUUUGAGGCGAAUCCAUGCAUUGGGAGUGAAAAAGAUAGCAAUACCGUUAUUGCAGCCGCUCGGGUGCGUCCCUGUUGUCUCCAAAGGCUCUUUGGUUGCUGAUUGCAAGGAUCGUAUAAACGUUGCCGUGAUCAUUCACAACAACUUAUUGCAGUCAGUAGUGGCCAAGCUUAACAAGGAGACCAAAGAUUCCACUUUCAUGGUUAUUGAUUACUACAACGCUUUCUUGACUGUCUUCAAGAACAAAGGAGAGACUCCAGGGAGUACCAAGUUUGAAACUCCGUUGAAAGAGUGUUGUGGAGGAAUAUGUGGUGCUGUGGAUGAGAAAGGUGUGAAGAACUAUACCUUAUGUGAUGAUCCUACAUCUGCUUUCUUUUGGGAUGGACUUCACCCUACUCAGGAAGGAUGGAAAUCGGUUUACGCGGUUUUAGGCAAAAAUCUAACUGCGUCUUUGAUGAAAGCCUAA